AGAGAUAGAGAGAUAGAGAGAGAGAGGGACGGAGGAAGGAGAGAGAAAGAGAAGAGAGAUAGAGAGAGAGAGGGGAGGAGGAGGAGAGAGGAGGUCUCGUUCUUGUUGCGGGGGGGACGAGGGAGAGACCUCCUCGAUCGGGAAUGGGCGAAUCGAGCGGCUCUGUGUCGGUGGAUGUGGAGAGGAUCUCGUUCGGGGGAAAGGAACAUCAUAUACACACAAACCAUGGCUCCGUGUCCGUUGCUGUAUAUGGAGAUAUAGAUAAGCCUGCCCUUGUUACUUAUCCGGAUGUAGCUUUAAAUCAUAUGUCUUGCUUCCAAGGAUUAUUCUUUUGCCCUGAAGCUGCAUCUCUGCUACUCCACAACUUCUGCAUUUACCACAUUAGUCCUCCAGGACAUGAGUUGGGAGCAGCUCCGAUAUCUUCAGAUGUUCCCGUGCCAUCCGUCGAUGACCUGGCAGAUCAGGUUGCAGAUGUUCUCGAUUUCUUCGGGUUAGGUUCAGUUAUGUGCUUGGGUGUCACUGCCGGGGCUUAUAUUCUCACCCUCUUUGCAACAAAACAUAGAGAGCGCGUACUUGGUUUGAUACUCGUUUCACCUCUAUGUAAAACUCCUCCAUGGGCCGAGUGGCUGUACAAUAAGGUGAUGUCAAAUUUGCUCUAUUUUUAUGGGAUGUGUGGCUUGAUCAAGGAAUGCUUACUGCAGCGAUAUUUCAGCAAGGAAGUCCGUGGAAGUGCACAAGUGCCUGAAUCGGAUAUAGUGCAAGCCUGUAGAAGUUUGCUGGAUGAGAGACACAGUACAAAUGUUUGGCGGUUUCUUCAAUCAAUAAAUGGGAGGCAUGACUUGACAGAAUCACUGAAGAAACUGCAGUGCCGAACGCUAAUCUUCGUUGGCGAGAACUCUCCGUUCCAUUCCGAGGCCCUCUACAUGACCUCAAAGCUGGAUAGGAGAUAUAGCGCUUUGGUCGAGGUCCAGGCGUGCGGGUCAAUGGUGACGGAGGAGCAACCACACGCGAUGCUGAUACCGAUGGAGUACUUCCUCAUGGGAUACGGGCUGUACAGGCCGUCGCAGCUGGGCUGCAGCCCGCGGAGCCCCCUUAGCCCAUCGUGCAUCUCGCCAGAGCUGCUCUCGCCCGAGAGCAUGGGAGUGAAGCUAAAGCCCAUCAAAACUCGGAUUUCCCUUGAAGUUUAAAACACAAAAAUAAGGCGGCGACAGUCGGACGCGCACACUACAUCGCCUUAUAUAAAUAUGUUCUCUUUUUUGCUGUGGGCUGUAGAUAGAAAAAGAAAAGAAAAGAAAAAAAAAGAGGGGUUAUUAGGUUGUGUGAGGACAACGCAACCGCUGAGAGAGAGCGCGGUGGGGAUUUCAUUCCAUUUAUUGUUAGUCACAACACCUGUAAAUCUUCUUCUUUCAUUAUUUAUCGUGACCGAGAAAAAAAAAUAAUAAAGGGUGAUGGGCUGUCAUCAUUUUGUGCGAUAUAAACGUUUGCGACCUGAUGGCAAUAGUUUUUUAUUUUUGCAGAAUUUUUUAAUCUGCCGGCAGUUGCUGCGUCUGCAUCAUGGAUUGAUAUAUUUAUGGUGUGGUGUACAA